UGGAGUUAUUCCGUUCUCUAAACACAAAACAUGGAUACGACAAGGACUUUCCCUCUGCCUCAAACUCCACAUCGCUGUCCAAUACGACCCAGGUCAAAUGGCUCCUUUUUUUCAACCUCUCUUGCAUGGACUCAUGUGAUUUACCCGCAUUCUAUCACCCGUGUAUUUCUCCUUACGUGUACAGUGGCGACACCCGCCUUCAAUGACGACGAGCGAUGUCUUCUUGUUCCUGUUACUCUCUUUGGUUCCCUCAGACCAGACACGACUUUACCCUUUUUAUUUGCCUUGGGCCCUUCCCUUUCUUGCUCGUGCAACUCUCUACCCACUUCUCCGACUCGGUACCUUCCGAAUGCCAAGUGCCAAUUCUAUCGCCGCAGCCGCAUUUUGGGUUGGAACUGGCUUCUAUCUCUCUCGUUCUCCCACACGCGCAUGGCUGCCAUUGGUUUGAUGUAAAGCGCCAGGCUCGUUGGCCAGGGUCACGGUUUUGCCCCUUGGAACCCACGCGAGUGAGAAGGUGCACUUUAUUCCCUUCCUUUUCUUUUUCUUUGCGGACUGUGUCCCUUUUUCUUUUCUUUCUCAUUGAUCCAACGACGUAUUUGUUGUACCCGGGGUGCCUUUGUUUUCAGUUUUUCUUUGUAUCUUUUCUCUUCUUUCCUUUUUCUUCUUUCACCUCUCUUGUUGCUCGGUUUAGUAACUCGUCCAAUAUCCUGUAAAUAUAGCUAUCCUUCACGGGGGCUUGCGAUAUCCCAAAAAAAUUGUACUCUUUUGAUGUCCCUUAGGUGUGGUUGGACAUUUCG